UCUUAUAUUUUUUUAGCCUUACUUUAUGCAACUAUCUUUGGUCAUGUAACGACAAUUAUACAACAAAUGACCUCAGCAACUGCCCGUUAUCAUGAUAUGCUGAACAAUGUCCGGGAAUUUAUGAAACUUCAUGAAGUGCCCAAAGCCCUAAGUGAAAGGGUAAUGGAUUAUGUUGUCUCAACUUGGGCCAUGUCAAAGGGUAUUGAUACCAAGAAGGUAUUAAGCUAUUGUCCUAAAGAUAUGACAGCCGAUAUUUGUGUCCACCUUAAUCGAAAGGUAUUCAAUGAACAUCCCGCUUUCAGAUUAGCUUCUGAUGGUUGCCUUAGGGCAUUGGCAAUGUACUUUUCAAUGGAUCACUCGGCUCCUGGUGAUUUACUUUACCAUUCAGGUGAAUCAAUUGAUACUCUUUGUUUUGUUGUAUCGGGCUCUCUUGAGGUGAUACAAGAUGAUGAAGUGGUCGCCAUAUUGGGUAAAGGUGAUGUGUUUGGUGAUGCUUUUUGGAAAGAGCCAACAAUUGGUCAAUCUUGUGCCAAUGUCCGAGCUUUAACUUAUUGUGAUUUACACGCAAUUAAACGAGACAAAUUACUCGAAGUGCUCAACUUUUAUCAUUCAUUUGCAAACUCAUUUGCUCGCAAUUUAAUGUUAACAUAUAAUUUAAGACAUCGGUUGAUUUUCCGUAAAGUGGCUGAUGUUAAACGUGAAAUGGAGCUUGCCGAGCGUCGUAAACACGACCCACAACCUGAUCUUGCUCAAGAUCAUUUAGUUCGUAAAAUAUUUUCCAAAUUUCGAAAACCUUCCGAUACAAGUUCAGUUCCAAUGUUUUCCCGACCUUCAUCAAGUAAUCCAGUUACUCUUCCCAAUACUGCAAACUCCUUGGGCUCAAAUGAUCCAGAGAAAGGUUUUCCACCAAGUGGAGUGGGAAGUUUAUCGGAAAAGACUGGAGGUGGAACUGGUAGUGCAAGUACAACCGGUGCGAUUUUCGGUGGUUCUGUCGGUGGUAUUGGCAGUAGUAUUGGUGGCCGUGAGUUAGGAAGUCUUCAUUCAGAAAUUAGCAAUAAGACAAUAGGUGAUAAUAUGCCCGAUUCAAGAGGAUCAUCAGCUGCAUCUAAGGCUUCCCGAUGGGCAGCGGCUUUGGCGAACGCUGCAACCAAUAAUAAUAACUCAAUUAACACCGCUCUUGGUGCUCUGGAUAAAGAGUAUGAUGAUAACAAUAUGGGCGGACGUCGAACUGAACUGGUCUGUAAGAAAUCUGAACAUAUUCACGUGGUCAAAGAUAUACGUCCACCUACACAGGGUAAUAAAUGGCCUCGAAUACCAACCUCUUCUGGUCGACCUGAAACCAUUGAAGAAGGAAGAGAACCUGAAACAACGGGUCCACUUACGGGAACAACAAUGGCCGCCACGGGAACUGGUGGUGGACUUGGACUUUUAGCGGCCGCCGUAGCAGCAAGUAAAAGUGGCAUCGGAGCUCAUGACACCCUAUCAGAGGGCGGUAAAGGUGUUGGUAGUGGAGGUGGAGGAGGUGAUACCAAGAUUGUCCUUCACCCGAAGAGUAUCAAUAAUGUUGACUAUCAGCAAAUUGUUGCAUCACUUAUCGAUAUGAGAGUUGAUCUUAAACUGGAAAUUCAAAAAUUAUCCUCACGAGUUAAUAAAAUUGAUGAUCAUCUAUCUGAAUUAAGUGAAAAAGUCUCCUCCCUGUCCUCUGCUUAUCAAAGCAAUUCGGCCUCACCCAAUCCGUUAACAGCCAAUCAACCAGAAUUCAUGCUCUCCCCUGUUCCAAUUAAUGGAGGUAAAGGUAAAUCAGCUGAUGAGAGUAAAGGAAGUGGAGUAAAGAAAAGUCAAAGCGAUAAAGGAAUUGGCUUAAGUAGAGGUAAAGAUUCUGGUCAAGGUAAAAGUUCAAGGUCAUUGAAAUCAUCUUUUCUAAAUAAAGUCAGUGGUGGACCUAGAAGUCCAUCACCAAGUCCACUAACACCACUUUCCACCAAAGGAAACAGUUCCAUAAUCGGAAGUGGAACCACAACAACCUUUUUCGGACCAGGAACUGGACCUUCUCAUGAGCCGGUCACAAGUUCACCUCUUCCCACCGCGACAACUCCCAUUCCCACCUCAACCAUAAUUCAACCUCAAGGUUCACAAUUAAAUCAAUCACAAGUUAAAUCAUCUAUAUCUUCAUUCACAAUUAGUGGUGGUGGUAAAGUAGAUGAAGUGAGAGCCAUGAUGGAAUCAGAAAUUGCUGAACAAGAUGCUGGAGCAACUGAUGAAGAUCCUGAUUUAACAUCUAAAUUAUGAUUGGGAAUAAAUGUUAAUUUAAACAAUUAACAUAAGAUUGACAAUCCAUCCAAAGAAAAAGCGUAAAAAAAUCAACUACCCUUCAAUUGUAUCAUAAUUAAAUCAAUCAACCAAUUGAGAUGGAUAAUUGUAACUAAUUGAUAUUAUAUUACAAAAAAAAUAAUCGGAUCAAAUUGUUAUAAUUGUAAAAAAGAGCAAAUUUUACCACUGAUCAUCACAAUUAACUACUAUGCCUGUUACAAUCAAUUAUCAUUGGAAAUUGAUCUCAUCAUCAACAUAAAAGUUAUUAUCAUCAAUCUAACUCCCGAUCUUAAUUAAGUUUUACUUUUUUUAAUAGUAAUUAACUUUUUCCAUUCCAAUCAACUUUAUUUCUCUCAAUUGAUUAUGAGAAUUAAAUUAACUCGAAGGAAGAAAAAACAAUUUAUGAGUAAAAGGACCAAGGAUCAUAUUCAGAUCAUUUUCAUAGUCAGAACUUUUUUUUGCUUCUCCAUUAAGAUGAUGAUAAUCACCAUGAAACUGAUCAUCAUCUUAAUCUUCAUCAUCAUCAUUUAUCAUCCUUAUAAUCAUCUCUUCCCUAAAUCAGGUUGACCUGGCUCACCCUAAUUGCCUAAAAUCAAAAUGCAAACAACAAUUGGCCAACAAUUAAAAUAACAAAUAGUUAAUUGUUCAUCUCUUUGUAUUAAUAUUUACCCAACAGAUUAUGGACAGAGAUACAAUUAACACUCAACAAACAACAAUAACAACAACAAUUAAACAAUUAAACAACCGUAUUAAUAAAUGUACAUGAACAUUGAAUCAAAA